ACGUCAAACAUGCAGAUGUCAAAUAUUGGAUGAUUUUUUUUCGCCAGCAAAUUUGUGUCUGACUCGUCCGGUUUUUUGUAUUCCGUAUUGUGGAUAUUUUUACGGGACUUUAUCUGUGCAAAAAAUCCCCCAAAGCGUACGCGAUUCCAGCGACUCGGCUUUUCCUGUUCCGGCUCGUAGUGAUAGAACGACGGAAGCGGCCACAUACAGCACGAAUCGGCACCAAACACACCAUAUUUCCAGCCCCAAUCGCGGUUGUCCCUUGUUGACACCGUACGUGUGCAGCACACAAAAACACACAGCAAUCGGAACGUGAAGAAUGGGCGGACUGUUCAGUUACUUUCGGGGGCUGCUCGGGAGCCGGGAGAUGCGGAUACUGAUCCUGGGGCUGGAUGGCGCCGGUAAGACGACCAUACUGUACCGAUUGCAGGUGGGCGAGGUGGUGACCACAAUACCGACGAUAGGCUUCAACGUGGAGCAGGUGACGUACAAAAACCUUAAAUUCCAGGUGUGGGAUUUAGGCGGACAGACCAGCAUACGACCAUAUUGGCGCUGUUAUUACAGCAACACAGACGCUAUUAUCUACGUAGUUGAUUCGGCAGAUAAGGAUAGGAUAGGCAUAUCAAAAGACGAGCUACUAUACAUGUUAAGGGAAGACGAACUUGCCGGAGCCAUACUGGUAGUGUUGGCCAACAAACAGGAUAUGGAAGGGUGCAUGAGCGUGGCGGAGGUGCAUCAAGCGCUCGGGCUGGAAGCUCUGAAAAAUCGAACGUUCCAAAUAUUCAAAACAUCCGCGACCAAAGGAGAGGGCCUCGAUCAGGCGAUGGAUUGGCUGUCGAAUGCGUUACAGGCGCGGAAAUAGCUUCCGCUAGGGUAGCAGCAGUGCAGUGGAGGCAGUUUUCCUGUGGCGAUCACAGCCCCUUCCCGUUACUACGUUCACUUUUCGUUCCGCCUCACCGUUUCUGCAAACCCGUGAGUGUGCGUGUGUGUGCCGAGUAGUGUGUGGAGAGAUUUCUGUAGAGUACGCUACAUUCUAGGUAAAGCUUUCGUAAGCGAAAAGCGAUAAGAGGGCUAUUGGGUCCUUCCAAGUAGCAAUAUUCUUUCUACUGAUGAGCACAGCGAUGUAUAGCCGAUACAUUGCCAGCGCGAGCCGGUGACGAUCGGAAGGUGUUCCGUACGAAAAGGGAAUUCCCUCAGCAUAACGCUUUCUUCUUAUCUUAAGCUUACGGAUAUGAAAACAAAAGAACGAUUCCUUCACGUGCCCGUGUGCCAAAGAAGGAAUGAAGCAAAUAUUCAGCAAUACACCAACUUCAUUUCGCAUUAGACGUACUCUCCUUCCCACGAAAACACUCCAAUCGUGCAAACGGAACAGCAGCACAGUCGUCACCCGGGUUCGUUAGGUCGAAGAAAGCAUUAAUUUUAUAUUUAAAAAAAUGUGUACCAUUAAAACAAAUAUUAUACAAAACAAAUGUAUUAAGUUCUCAAGCGAACA